AAAUGUGCUAUAUAAAUACAAUUUGCCUUUAGAUAUAGUGGUGCACUACUGCACUCUGUAAAUGCCUCCAGAGCAGCCAGUUCAGGCACAUUAUCAUCUCUGUAUGUGAGAGAGCAUAAACACUAUCAAGAAUUUACCACAGACUGUGAACUACAAUCCCGAUCAACAGGUUUGUUCUGGUUUUAAAGCACAUAAGGUGUGUUCUGUCCUAACUUAAGUAAAAAUGACAGUGAAAAUAUCAGACUGAGAGACUGUAAAAUUGCAGCUGAAGUUUGGAUUCCUGAGGACGACCUUCAUUGCUGUGUGUGUUGUAAUUUUUAAAGAGCACAGCUUCUGUAGAGAACAUCUGAAGCAGUACUAGCUCUUGAGAGUGUUCCAUCUGCAGGAGAAAGGCGUCUGUGGAUUCUCCUCCGGUAAACCUGGCUUUAGGAAGCACUGUGGAGUUCUACUUCAAGCAGAAGACUGAGACUCAAAUUACAGACAUGAGUGACACUCACUGCAGUCUCCAUGGCGAGAAACUUCUACUAUUCUGCGAACAUGACAAAGAGCCUCUCUGUCUUGUCUGUCAGACUUCAAAAAAACACAGAAACCACCCGGUCUGUCCAGUGGAAGAGGCUGCACUGGAUCUGAAGGAGGAACUCAACCCUGCACUUAAUCUUAUUAAAGACAAACUGAAGAGGUUUACUGAGGUUGAAAAAAAAUGUAAGAAAACAGCUGAACACAUCAAGAGUCAGGCCCAGCACACAGAGAGGCAGAUAAGGGCAGAGUUUGAGAAGCUCCAUCAGUUCCUGCGAGAGGAAGAGGAGGCCAGACUAGCUGCUCUGAGGGAGGAAGAGGAGCAGAAGAGUCAGAUAAUGAAGGAGAAGAUAGAAAACAUCACAGGACACAUCUCCACUCUUACAGAGAAAAUCACAGCUAUAGAGAAGGCUAUGAACACUGAAGACACCUCCUUUUUACAGAGCUACAAGAACAUCAAGGAAAGAGCCCAGUGCACACUGCAGGAUCCAGAGCUGCUCUCAGGGACACUGAUAGAUGUGGCCAAACACCUGGGCAACCUGAAGUUCAGAGUCUGGGAGAAGAUGCUGGAGAUGGUGCAGUACACUCCUGUGGUGCUGGACCCCAAUACUGUACAUAUCAAAGUCUCUCUCUCUGAUGAUCUGACCACUGUGAGACACACAGGUACAGAGCAGAAAUAUCCUGACAACCCAGAGAGGUUCAACUCCUGUGUGAGUGUGCUGGGAUCUGAGGGGUUUACCUCAGGGAAACACAGCUGGGAGGUGAAGGUUGGGAAUAAAUAUAAGUGGGAUAUAGGAGUGGUGAAAGAGUCCAUCAGUAGGAAGGGUGAUAUAACAUACAGCCCAGAGAGAGGAUUCUGGGUCUUGAUGCUGAGGGAUGGUGAUGAGUACAGAGCAUCUGGAGUUACUGUCCUCACACUGAAGAGGAAACCCCAGAGCAUCAGAGUGCAGCUGGACUAUGACAGGGGGGAGGUGUCCUUCUUUGACUCCAGUGACAUGUCAGUCAUUUACACUUUUACAGACACAUUUACUGAGAGAGUGUUCCCAUUCUUCUCUCCCUGUUUGAGAAAAGAUAAGAAUGAAGGACCCCUCCAAAUAUGCCCACUGAAAAUUUCUGUGAAAGUGACGUUAAACCAGUGAAGGUAUUUGUUUUAAAAAAAGAACAAAGUAGAGAUGUUGUACUUGGAAAGAACUUUUGUUGUUUCUAAUGUGCCUCAGCAUGCCUGGUUGCUGAUUUGGGUACUCUGGGGUAGACUUGCUGGAGAUGUGAAUUGAUGAAGGUGAGGUGGUUGAUGGCCUACCAAACCCAAGUGGGAGGCAGACAUACACUCAAAUAAAAGUGAUAAUUUGGUUAAUGUUUAGCCUCAGUAUGCAUGAAUACUGAUUUGGGACACACCAGAGGAAGUGCAAAGGGGGAUGUUUUAGUAGUCUGUCAGAAGAGAGCGGACAUGCAUACAGAUGUAGCAGUUACUGCUUGAUUUCCUGCAACUUCAUUGCUAGAUUUUGUUCUGGAAAAGGGGUACAAAUCUGGUGCUUGAACAAUACUGUAUUGUGACAUUGCUUUUACCUCAUAUCUUUCAUGCUGUACAGGAGACAAUUUUUGUUUAUUAAUAUAAAUUGAUAUUGAUCUAAACUUUUGAACUAAGAAUUUUACUUUGCAAAGGACCAAAUUCCAUCAUACCUAAAGAAUACUAUAGAAGAAAUCCACUUGUAAAAUGAAAUUUAAGAACAAAUAAAAAAAAAAAAUGCAGAUGCACUCUCCUGGCUAAAUCAAAUUCUUUUAUAUCUGAUUGAUUUCAUUCCUGGGUGGAUAAGGCAGUGUACAAGCGUGAAAUGUAUGCUUAUCGUGAGCUCUAGUCUGAUUGAUUGCAUCAGUCUCCUGUACACUUUUCAGAUUUUACUUUACAGAUGCAGUGAAGAAUAAAUUCACCCUGUCAGCUCCAUGCUGUAGGAUUUA